UUCAAACUGGGGGUCACGAGCUGUCAGUCUCCACCCCAAACCACGCUUUGCCUCUAGCAUCUAUAAUUUGCUCCUGCAAAUUGUUCCAUGCUAGCGGACCCUUGCCCUGUGUGGAGCCUGAAUGACAUACUUUGCCCAGCCCGAUAAAUUUUCAGGAUUGGGACCCUGUCUUCCCAGACGGGGAUUGCAUUUUGUCUCCUCCCACUCCCAUUUCUUUCAUCUGUCACCAUUAUUGCUUGCACUAUAUGUUAAGACAGGGCAGUGUCUGUUCCUAUACUGGUGCUGUCCUUGGCUUUUAGACUGCCAUCCCAAAUCUCUCCCUUUUACUACAUCUCACAGACCUGAAGAGCUCUGUGUAUACAUGAAAUCUUGUCUCUUUCACUAACAGCAUUGGUCCAAUGAAAGCUAUUACCUCCCUGACCUUGUCUGUAUUAAUUUUAAGAGUGGUUAGUAAAAUGCUCUCUGGAAUGAAGGAUUUUGUGACCCGUCUGUUUCCAGGGGAUAUUUAAUGCCCUUUAAGACCCUCUUCGUAGCUUGACAUUUAAUUCUUGGCUAAUGAAAGGUGGGUAGGCAGAAAGAGCGAAGCAAUUUUUAAAACUACAUUUCCCAGCAUCCCUUGAGGGUUCAUUGCGCAUGUGCGCAGUCGCAAUGUCACCGAGGCGGAGUACACUACAAUUCCCCACGUGCUUCAUCACGGUUAGCACGCAUGCGCACUGCCUCACUAGGCGUCUCGGCGGUACGGCGAGCGAAGAAAAGAGGUUGAUAACUACAUUUCCCAUCGUCCCUUCUGGCGCCCCUCCCCCCCGCCCAGCCAUGGACAUGGAGGUGGAUGUAGGCUCUGUGAUCUCGGGCCUGUCCGGCGGGGAUGGGGCAGGCCUGGGGACCGGCGAGGAGGAGCUGGAGGUCGGGGGCGCCCCUGGCUGCUCUGGGGCCGGCUCCCUCCAGUUCGAUUUCGAGAGGAGCCGCUCUGAAUCCAGCGGGGAGGAAGAGGAGGAGGAGCUGGAGGAAGAGGAGCUGGAGGGGGGCCCCGGGGCCCGCUUUGGGACCUGCCAAGAGGCGGAGGGGGAGCUGGACUCGGACGCUGAGCGUGAGCGCAUGAUAAACCUGUCUGAGUUGACGCCUUACAUCUUGUGUUCCAUCUGCAAAGGUUAUUUUAUAGAUGCCACGACCAUUACAGAGUGUCUUCAUACAUUCUGUAAAAGCUGCAUAGUAAGACAUUUUUACUACAGUAACAGAUGUCCAAAAUGCAACAUUGUUGUACAUCAGACACAACCUCUUUAUAAUAUCAGAUUGGAUCGACAGUUACAAGACAUAGUGUAUAAAUUGGUUGUCAAUCUGGAGGAGAGAGAGAAAAAGCAGAUGCAUGAUUUCUAUAAAGAAAGAGGUUUAGAAGUACCCAAACCUGCUGUCCCGCAGCCAGUCCCUGUGAGCAGAGGAAGACCUCGGAAAGUCUUGGGAUCAGUGUUUCGAAUCCCACCAGAACUUGAUGUCUCACUGCUUUUGGAGUUCAUUGGAGCUAAUGAAGGCGCAGGGAAUUUUAAGCCAUUGGAAAAGAAGUUUGUGCGAGUUUCAGGAGAAGCAACCGUCGGCCACGUGGAAAAAUUCCUGCGAAGAAAAAUGGAUCUUGACCCGGCUUGUCAGGUGGACAUAAUAUGUGGCGAUCACCUUCUAGAACACUAUCAGACGCUGAGGGAAAUCCGCCGAGCUAUAGGAGACGGUGCUAUGCAGGAUGGGUUGCUUGUACUGCACUAUGGCCUUGUGGUAUCUCCGCUAACAAUAACUUAAAGAUUGCUAGAAUAUCAGAAGGUGAAAGGAUCCAAAACAUGAAGCUUCUUCAGUGCUGUUGUCUCACCAAAGAAGGCCAUCCUCCUUGCUUCCUGUCACAGGAAAUAAAUGAAUGAAACCACCACUAACUGCUGUACACUUAUAACUUAGCAUUUGACUUUGCCGGUGUAAAAAAUGCAGCCUCUGUAAGUACAGUUGUAAACACUGCAAAGCUCUAUAUCACAAAUGACGCUACUUAAACUGUAGCUAGCUCAGGGAAAGCAGAAUACUCAGAGUUGCUGAAUUUUAUUUUUAAAUCCUUCUUAAAUCCACAGGAUCUCACAGGGUUGAUUUGCUUUCUCCUCCACUAAUCUUAAUCUUGGGCAGGUCCCUAACUUAUCUCCAUAAGACCUUACGUACUUCUGAAGUAUGUGGCUGGAAUGGUGCUCUCAGGGAUGAUCUUCAGUGGGCGAUGUCCCUUUUUUGGGGGAGGCGAUACAAUCAUUUACCUAAAAAGAACGUCAACAGCAGCUGACUUGAUUUAGAAAUGGUGGGCGGGAGGAGAUUUUCCAGCUUGUCUGUAGGCCAAAAUGGGUAAUCAACUUCACAUGGGUUAAGUAUUGACUUUCCUAGUUCUACUGGAAACAGCAUUAAGACAUAGUUUCUCUUCAAGGAAACAAAUUUCAUCUGCACUAGGUCCAGAACUGGUAAUAGCUAGACUCAUGUUAACU